AUGGAGAACUAUAUGUACAACAGUCCAACACUUCAACUUCAGGAGUUGAGAAUUGUCCAUGCAAAAUACAAACAACAUCUUCACAAUACAGCUGGAGGGUUUAAAUGUCCCACAGGAAGCCACAUAUGCUAUGUUUCUUUUUCUUUUUUCUCCUACUUGUUUCUAAUUGUUGCAAAUGUGGGCAUUGCUGUUUUGGUUUUUGUUGACAAGAGUCUUCACCAGCCCAUGUAUAUCCUUUUUUGUAAUCUGUCCAUUAAUGAUUUAUUUGGAAACUCUAUCAUGAUCCCUCGUUUGCUUGUAGACAUGUCUGAGCGCCUCAUCAGUUAUUAUGAAUGUGUGGUCCAAGCUUUCACCACACAAAUGUUUAGUACCACAGCUCACACAGUGCUUAUGAUUGGUCUGACCUUGAGACCGGGCCGAUGCAGAACUCUGAUCAAAAGCCCCUAUUGUGACAAUGCUGCACUAUUUAACCUGUCCUGUGAGGAUGUGUUCAUUAACAAUGUCUAUGGCCUCACUUUCACUGUGCUUUUGUUCACAGGUUCUAUCAGUAGCAUGGUUCUUACCUAUACUAAGAUUACUGUGGUGUGUCUAACCACUAAGAACAAGUCCUUGAACAAUAAAGCCUUGAAGACCUGCAGCACUCACCUGGUUGUAUAUCUGAUUUUUUUGUUCAGUGGUAUGUCCAUAAUCACUCUGCAUCGCUUUCCUGAGUACUCAGGGAGCAGAAAAAUUGUGGCUGUCCUGUAUCACAUCAUCCCUGGAAGCCUCAAUCCCAUCAUUUAUGGUAUGCAAUCCAAAGAGAUAAAAAAAAAUUUGUAUCAAAAGUUAAGUUAA